CCCGGGCAAUGAAACUGCAGCGGCUCCCGGGGGAGGAGAGGAAGGACAGGCUAGAGCGUCUCCCCACUCUCAGGGAGGAAACGGGGCCGGAAAAAGCAGGGAGAACCCUCCAAGGAGCCCCUCUGGGAAGUUCCUCUCGUUGUCCCCCCACGCACGUGUAUGGGAGCUGAGUUUCCGUUUUCCCCACUUGCGGCGCUUUGGGCGGCUGUGCCAAUUCUUCGUUUGCCGGCAAGGCUGCUCUUGGGUCCCGCUCCGGGCAGGUGGGGCUCCCGCUCUCCCUCCCUCGGGCUGCCCGGAGGGCUUCUCCCCGCCAGGAGGAAGGUGCCGCCAGGAAAACCUUUGGAGGAAGCUCUGCUUGCAGGAUCCCAUCUGGCUCAGUCACCGGGACCAGAAGUUUCGUCUUCUCAGCAUUUGGACUCAUCCUCCUGCCCAUCCUUCAACCUUUUGGCCAAAGUUCUGCUUGUUACAGUUUCCUUGGAUUGAAAGCUGUGGACGUGAGCAGCCCCUGGAGACUAUGCAGAGGGAGGAACACGUUGGCCAAAGGUCCCUUCAGAGGAAUCUGGGGAGACUCUACAAAUGCUCCAAAUGCGGGAAAUCCUUUGGUCACCGGUCCCUUCUUUUGAUCCAUCGGAAGCUGCAUACGGGGAAUGGAUCCCACCUGUGUUUUCCUUGUGGGAACUCCUUUCCUGGAAUGUGGAGCUUUGCCAAACAUCUCCGGAGCCACCCUGGACUGAAGCCUUACAGAUGCGGAGAGUGCGGGGAGCGUUUUGCUAAAGGCUCGGACCUUGGAACCCAUCAGGGAAUCCACCAGGGAAAGAGAUCUCAGGAAUCCUGGAAGUGCUGGAGAAGAUUUCCUGGGAGAUGGCAUCUUUCUAGGCCUCAGAAGAGCCCGGCUAAAGAGAAGCCCUGCAAGUGUGUGCAAUGUGGGCUGUGCUUUUCUCAAACCUCGCAGCUUCUUAAACAUCAACAAAUCCACAGCAGAGAGAAACCUUAUCGAUGUCUUGAGUGUGGGAAAUCUUUCCGUUAUAAACAAUUAUUUAGAAAACAUGAGAUUAUUCACACGGGGCAGAGUCCUUAUAAAUGCUUUGAGUGUGGAAAAUGUUUCACUCGGAACUCAUCUCUUUGCCAACAUAAUAAAACACACAAAGGAAAGCAAACGUGCCUAGAAUGUGGAAAUCUUUUCCAGGAAAUCAUGCCUGCUGAAACAUCAGAGAAUUCACACUGGAGAAAGACCCCAUCAGUGCCCAGAAUGUGGGAGAUGUUUUGGCCAGAAGUCAGCUCUAAUUCGACAUCAGACUAUACACACCAGAGAAAGACCCAAUCAAUGGCCAGAAUGUGA